GAAAUCUAGCCCAUUUGUUCAUAACUUCACCGCAUGAUACUCUCUUACUCUCCGCCUCCCUCCCUCCUCUCUGCAAUCCAACAAAGCCCUUUGGAGACAAACAUACAACUGUGAUGGUAUUACUGGCCUCUUCAAGAGCAUCAGCAUGGGCAAGGGUUUCCAGGAUUCGAUUACCACCUCCUCCGAACACCGCCAGACAUUUUGCAUCCUCGGUAAUCGCUCGACAAAAUGCCCCGAUGAAGCAGCCCCCGCAUUCAAAUAGUGUACUGUUCCCUGGAGCGGUGAAUUCAAAGUUCACCAAUGAACUCAAGUUCCAAAGGCCACAGGACCUCCCGGCUAUCCCGACUUAUAGGUUGAUUGAUACUCAUGGACAGGUUGUGGAUAAAUCGAGGGAGCCGGACGUUGGUCAGGAGUUGGCGUUAAAGAUGUAUAAGGAUAUGGUUACCACUAGCAUUAUGGAUUUGCUUAUGUACGAAUCCCAACGCCAGGGGCGGAUAAGUUUUUACAUGGUCUCUGCCGGCGAAGAAGGAAUCGCUGUUGGAUCUGCCGCGGCUUUAGCUCCCGACGAUGUCAUAUUCUCCCAAUACAGAGAGCAAGGAGUGAUGAUGUACCGUGGGUUUACGCUCGACGAGUUCAUGAACCAACUAUUCGCAAACAAAUUUGACUACGGAAAGGGCAGGAACAUGCCCAUUCACUACAUGAGUGAGAGAUUGCACAUGCACCCAAUCUCCUCUCCUCUCGCUACCCAGAUUCCUCACUCUGUAGGUGCAGCGUAUGCCCUAAAGCUCGACCAAUCUUCUCGCAUCGUCGUUUGCUUCUUCGGGGAGGGUGCCGCUUCAGAAGGUGACUUCCAUGCAGCGUUGAACAUUGCCGCCACACGCUCCUGCCCGGUAGUAUUUAUCUGCCGGAACAAUGGAUUUGCAAUCAGUACCCCAACUCUCGAACAGUACAAGGGUGACGGCAUUGCUAGUAGGGGCGUUGGGUACGGGAUUGACACUGCCCGAGUGGAUGGAAACGAUAUCAUGGCAGUCCGAGAAGUCACAAUGAGAGCCAGGGAUAUAGCCCUCAAGGAACAGAAGCCAGUACUUAUCGAGGCCAUGUCUUAUCGUGUUUCGCACCAUUCCACUAGUGAUGAUUCGUUCGCGUAUAGAGCUAAGAUUGAAGUUGAAGACUGGAAACGCCGUGACAACCCCAUCACUAGAAUGCGCAAAUGGCUGGAAUCCAAAUCCUGGUGGUCCAGCGAGCAAGACCAAGAACUCCGCACCCAAGUCCGCAAGGACAUCCUAAAAGCCUUCGCCCGUGCCGAAAAGGAGAAGAAGCCAGCGCUCGAGAACCUCUUCCUGGACGUCUUCAAGAUCCCCAGCCGUGAUCUAGAGGAGCAGAUGACGGAGCUCAGGAGGGUUAUCGAGGAGUAUCCGGAUGAGUAUGAUCUUGAAGCGUUUGAUCGGGGGAAGGAGGGUCUGUAGGAGGUUUCGAUAGGCAGAAGCUUGAUUUUUAUAUACCAUUAUCUCCUUCUUUGGUUGGGCUGUGACCUUUUCCUUUUCUUUUUCUCUUGCACGGAAGUCUUUUUUUCCCUCCUUUUCCUCCUUUUUCAUGUUUUUUUCAUGUUUCGCACCUGUUUGGCAUUGGGCGGGGUGUUUUUGGUUUCGUAACGUGCAAUACAGUUAUUUACGCAAAUACA